AUGAGCCGCGGCGCCAACUUCCUCCUGCUGCUCUCGCUGGCCGCCUCCGCCGCGGCCACAGCCAACGCCGCCGCCACCGCCGCCUUCCUACCUGUUGGCGACCUCCCACGCUACCAGCCUGCUGAGAAUUCGUCUAUCGACGACAUUUAUGACGACGUAUCGCACGGUCAGGGCAACGACGAUGAUGACAUACCAUUCCCGGAAAUACAGAACGAUUAUGCCGAAAAUAAGUGGUCAUUUACGCAAUGGUUCUUGAGCAUCGUGGGGCCAUUUGGAUUCUGGACCUCACCUGGGGGUACGGACGAUGUUGACCUCAAGCCACCGGAACGCUGCGAACCGUGCUCUUGCGGAAUGGCAAACGAGCGCAGGCGCAUCGUGGGCGGCACGGUGACCAAGGUGAAGCAGUACCCGUGGAUGGCGAUGCUCAUGUACGGCCGCACCUUCUACUGCGGCGGGUCGCUCAUCAGCGACAAGUACGUGCUCACCGCCGCACACUGCCUCUACGGUUUCGACCACCGACGCAUCCGCGUGCGGCUGUUGGAGCAUGACAGGGACAAGCCGUCGGAGACGGAGGUCAUCGAGCGUCGCGUCAUGAGGGUCCGCUUGCACCGGCGCUACGACUCGAGCAACUACAACAACGACAUCGCGCUCAUUCGGCUCAGCGAACCCGUCAAGAUAGAGGGAGACCUGAGGACCGUCUGCAUGCCCACCAAAGGCCACAGCUUUAGUGGGGAGCAGGGUCUGGUAACAGGCUGGGGUGUAACAAAACCGUUGGGCCAGCCAUCAUCGCAGCUGCGUGAAGUGACAGUGCCCAUCAUGGCCAACUCAGAGUGCCGGAAGACUGCAUAUGGCCAGCAGCGCAUCACUGAAAACAUGAUGUGUGCUGGAUACCCAGAGGGCAAGAAGGAUUCCUGCCAGGGAGACAGUGGCGGACCUCUACAUAUCAAGAAUGAUACGCUGCAUCACCUCGUUGGAGUGGUGUCUUGGGGUGAAGGCUGUGCACAGCCAAAUUAUCCAGGAGUGUAUACUCGGGUCAAUAGGUACAUCACUUGGAUUACCAGGAACACAGUGGAUAGCUGUUUCUGCAGUUAAUAAUAAAAAGCUGCUACAAGAAUGUUUAACAUUAUUACAAAUAAUUAAUAAUGGUAUAAUGCAAAAUGUGACACGUCCAAAUUGGAAAGACACUUGUAACCUUAUGGUUAUGAUUUAUUCCUGUGUUAUUUUCAACAAAUAUUUUGCUUUCCAUAGAAAAUGAUGGUGAAGAAAUAAAAUAUCACAGUUACAUGUUUCUGCCUGAUGUAUGUUACAUAAUAACAUAACUGUUGGAGAAACAUAUUCACACUAUCCUUUAUGUUAAAGUGAAAUGUUAGGUCUGUAAAGUUCUGAAUCACAUUUCUGACAGUACAUACAACAGAGAAAAAUGUUGGUGUUAGCAAAGCCUCAGCUUAUUCCUUCAUCGUAUUUAAACUGAACUUCUGCUACCUGAAUAUUUGAUUAUACUCUCCCUGAUGAGAUGAUUAUCUUUGUUCUAGUCCACUUCAUCAGACCAUAAUCACUUUAGCUAAUUGUUAUUGACUUAUAUUAACAACAUAAUUUCUAAAGGGAUACUGAUGUGUAAGUAGGAUCCAGAACCUUAAAAAAUCAUUUUGUGCACCCUUGGGAAUAUCAACGCACUUCCAGUAAUGUGUACUACUGAGGGAGGGUGGGGUAUAUUAUGCCCACCAAAAGAAAAAAAAACUAUAAACGUACAAAUGUAAUGGGUUUUUGUUCACUUUUUAAAGAGAUAUUGAUGUGUAAAUAAAGUCCUAAAUCUGAAAAUAUUGAAUACAGUUGUCAUUUGUAAAAGUGACAUCUACUACUACAACCUAAAGUUUUUGGUUAAGUUUAACUGAAAAAUUUGAAUGUUUAUAGAAUCUGAUAAACGAACUCUUUAAAGCAAAUAGUUUUUCAAAAUUUUAAAAUGGAAAAUAAUGAAUUAGAUUACACUAUUUUAAAAAUAUGAACAUAAUGUACCACCCACCUUGGUAUUCUGAGGGGUAACCGUCAGUGGCCAGAAAUAGUCAUGUUAAUGCAUAUGGUCCUGAAAUGGAUAACAGUUGUAUGCAGCAUAUAUUUAAAUAUGUGAGUAAAAAAAUUGUUUCUUUAUAAUUUUUUGUGGUGUAUGUGCUGCCUUUUAGAGGAAGAUAUGCAUUUGUUGUGCAUAUGAGUAAAUACAGGUAUAUUUUAUUCUGUAUAGUGUUACAUUUACAUAUAAAUCUGUUGUGUAAAAUAUUUAUAUCUUUACCGGUAGUGUUAACUUUUAGGUUUCCAACUUGAGCCACUCUUAAGGAUACAUAGUAAUGUUGAAUGCAGAGCUGUUUUUAAAGUACAACAAGAAACUGCAAUUUAUUUUCAUAACACAGCAACUAAUCCUCUCAAAAUACUAUAGUAAGACAGUAUACCAUUAAUUAUAGUGAGGCACCAAAUCAAGUCAUAUCACUUCAGUGCAAAAUAGAAAAAUUGUGAGAGCAAUAAGAUGGAAGUAGUGCCUAGAGUUUUAAGUGCAUAACAGAUGUCAGUCCUCCAAAACAGGCCUCAAACAGAAAUUUAACACAUCAGAUUGUUUCAAGAUACAUUCAAUAACACAUCUGUUUCAGUAAAUUUAGUCUUAAUGGAGUAUCUUCUGGUCCACAGAAUGAGUCAAAAUGUACACUACUGUUAACAGAUUACUGACCUUAAUGUCCAAUAUGGUGUCUUCUCUGUAGAUCAGUUGGUGAGUGGAUACUGGUAAAUUGUUUUAAAUGUUAAGGCAGCACUGUUGAUAUGUACAUUGUAGUCAGUGCACAUUCAUUUACAUGAACACAUACAUGAUAGUCAGCUUGUAGCUCACAUUGUUAAUUACUGUUUAUAGAAUUAUGUUAGUAGCCUACAUAGUCUUCAAGAAGUUUAACUUACUUAUAAAAGUAACUGUAUGAAUCAUAGUUUUUUAGCCAUAGCUAAUGAGAUAUAACAGCUGUAACUAGACAGAAAUUAACUUUUGUAAUAGAUUAGAAGUGUCUUCUAAUGGCUCAGCCCACUGUGUCUGAUUAAAAACUUGUAAAAGAAAUUUUAUACAAAUAAAUUACAAAAUAUUAAAACAUUGAUCACUUACAGUUUCAAUAACAAUGUAAAGGCAAAAAUUUGAGGUAAUACUUAUACAGUUUUUAGAAAUGAAGUUAUUUGGUUUAGUUAUUGGCUGUUCAUUCUUUAAAUGGCUCUAAUACUGGGUUCUACUUUCGGGAGUGUGAUUCUUAUGAGAAAAACAUUUUCCAUUAUUAUUAUUUCUUAAACAAUAAAACACACAAAAAUAAGCUUUAAAAAGAGAGGUAUCAAUCCUGAAACAAAUACACAAUAGCAGGGGCAGCAAAUGAUUAUGAAAUCUUAAACACUGAAUAUUUCUUUAAGUGAAAUGCUUGUAUAUAAAAUAUUUAUAUCAUUGUAGUCAAUCAAAUUAUACUUUCAACAAUAAAGACUAAAAGAUAUUUAUGUUAUAUUGUACAUGAACAACUUGUAAGUCAUUAAAGAUAGUCAGCAAACAUUAUUUGUCACAAAGGUAGUGUCUACUUUAUAUUAAGAUAUGUAUAAUGAUUUUAGUGCCUCCCUGUGAUAUUUGCUUUAUACUUUAUGAUUUUGUUUCAAGACUAAACAAAUAUGCUUCAUUAAUUGAAAA